AUGUAUAUAAUUACAGAACGUGGUAGGAAGAGAGAGAGAGAGAGACAAUCAGAGGAAAAGAAUGCUAAGAGAAAGAGACAGUCAGAGAGUGAAGAAAGUGAAAUGAAAGAAAAAUUCAAAAUACGAAACAAACAAUAUGAAGAAAAAAGGAAGCGUCUGUUCAAUCAGGCAUGGGUAAAAUUCUAUCCUUGGGUCGUAUAUGACCAAGAAAAAGGCCACAUGUAUUGUAGCUAUUGCAGAAAAUUCCCCAGGUUAGCAGAUGAAAAGUCAUCUCUAUACAUUGGAUGUGGCUCUGGGGGAAAAUUCCGAGAAGUUUCUUUGAAGUAUCAUUCCCUUUCGAAAGCUCACGUCAGAUGUGCAAAUGAAAAUGAUAAAACUGAAAGAGAGUCAGGAAGUGCCCCCCUUGAACAGAUAGUUGAGACGACAAAAUUAGAUGAGGUCACCGGACAGAGAAUGAGAUCCCUCUUUAACACAGCAUUCUAUGUUGGAAGACAUGAUACAUUCUCAAAAUUUGAACCUUUAUGUAAUUUACAGGAGAAAAAUGGUGUCAAUCUUGGUACCAUGUAUAGGAAUUAUGACAAAUGUAAAGAGUUUAUUUCUUGCAUAGCUGAUGUUGAGAAUACAAGAGUGGAAAAAAGUGUGAUAGAAAGUAGAUUUUUUACUGUACUGGCAAAUGGUGCCACGGACUCUGCAGUCAUUGAACAGGAGACUGCGUUUGUACGAUAUGUAAAUGCAACUGGUAUACCUUGCACCGAGUUCAUUGAUAUUGUUCCUGUUAAAUCUGCUAAUGCAGAGGGGGUUUUGGAUGGUAUAUUGACAGGGUUAGAAAAGGUAGGUAUCAGUAAUGACGAGCUGAAGACAAAGCUAGUAAGCUGUAAUUUUGAUGGGGCUGCUGUUAUGUUAGGUAAGAAAGGUGGCGUAGCAGUGAAGUUGGAGCAAAUGGCAGAACAUCCCAUUAUAAAGGUUCAUUGUGUUGCUCACAACUUGGAGUUGGGUUUUCUGGAUGCAGUCAAAUCUCUUGAGUACAUGUCUCAUUUUCAAAAUACCAUCCAGCAGAUAUACAAGUUCUACUACUAUUCUCCCAAACGCAGAAUGGAGUUGAAAGCAGUCGCUGAGAUUCUUGAUGAACAUAGUGUUAUGCAGACUGGCUUGCAGAAAACAAGGUGUGUUGCUUCUAGAUACAGGUCCAUUAAGGCAAUCAUACAAUCGAUGCCAACCAUUGUGACUCAUUUCCAAAAUGCAGCUACAGGUAAGAACGAAGAGGCAUGUAAAGUCAAGAGAUACCCGAAAGAAAUAUAUUCUAGCAAGUUCCUCCAUUUUGCAUACUUUCUAUGCGAUGUGUUGUCAGUCCUUUCUGAACUCAGCAUACAAUUCCAAUCAGAUCUGUUGACCAUCACUGAUGUAAAAACGAAGAUUGAAUUGUCUUUGUUGAAGUUGGAGAAACUGAAACACAAAGAUGGAGAGAGCUACAGCCAUUUCAAGGUUUCGUACAAUGAGGCUGAAUCUGUCCUCACUUGUGGAAAAAACCAAUCUAGCACUAUUGAUGUUUCAAAGUCAACCAUGAACUUCGACCAUGUCUUUGACAUUUCUUGGACAAAGCUAUCAAAUUCAUUUCGGACAGAUUUAGCUCAUUAG